AUGACUUCUAAGCGCUCCGGGCUAGUUAGCGGCGUGUGGUUGGUGUGGAUGAUGUACAACUCUUUGAUCCUUACGGCCGAAGCUGGAACUGUGUCGAACUGCACUGGAACAACCCCAACAACCUUUGACGGGGCGUUGCAGGAAUGCGCCAGCCAGCUUGGGAUUGCUCCUGAACGGCUUGAGAAGGAGUGCUACAACCUGCUGCUCCAUCCAGCCGAUCGAGACAGUAUGUGUUUGGUGCGGUGUAUCGGUGUACUUCUGCGCUUCUGGAAUGAUACCACAGGGUUACGUGAGUCCGUCAUCCAGCAGUACUACCAGCCAGCUCCGGAAGAUACGUGCUAUCGGAACCGGACACAGCGCUGUCUGGAAGCUCUGGAGCCUACUGUGACGGAUGUUUGUGAAAGAGCACACCGAUCGUUCCUCUGUUAUCAUCAGCAGUUCGGUAACCUAGUACGCGCUGAUCGGUACGUCCCGAAGACACCUCUAGAGAUGCGACAGGUGCAACAGGACUGCUUGGACAUUCUUGGACUCUCACCGAAGCGGUUGGUUCUUUAUCGAGAGGGACACUUCCCAGAUGACGCUGAGACACAAUGUUUCGUAAGGUGUGUUGGUCUCCGGACGGGAUUAUACAGCGACAAACAAGGACCUAACGUCGAUCGACUGUUUGUCCAGUGCGAGUCCUGCGCUGAUGAGCAGGUGUUUCGAGAUCGUGCGAACGAAUGCAUUGCUUCCCAGCGGCGUCACAAGCUGAGCAAGUGUACUGCGGCCUAUCGGACGUUGUACGAGUGUUUCCGUGACGAUCAACUGGAUCUUUACGCGAGUUUUACAAAGACCCCUGUCAUGUAUUCAACAACCACUAGCGCACCCGUUAGUAUGCCACCAGCGAAUGCACUGGCAGGAUAUGCGAGGAAAACGUCCAGCAAAAGACACUUCGUCAGACCGUACCAGCUCGAGAUAGUCUUGGAGAGUCUGGCUCAGAAUGCCGGGUACUGA